AAAUUUUCAAAAAUAUAUAAAAUAAUGACCUGAUUUAUUGUUGCCAUUAGUGAUUAUAAUCUUAUCAUCGUUAUAGGAAAAAAAAUCACCCUCUUUCUCUCUUCUCUCAAACGAUAAGAUAACAUUUCUUUUUUUGUUCAAUCCAUCAUUCGUUGUUGAUUGAGCAACCAAAUUGAUUUGAAAAAAAAUAAACUUUCUGUUUGUUUGUAUUCACCGAAAUUCGAAUUUUGUUUUUCAAAUUGAAUCAAAAAUGGCAACAUCAAAUUGUCGAAAUGUUGGAAAAUUAUUACAAAAACAAAGUGCAUUAUUUAUUUGUGAUUUACAGGAAAAAUUUCGUACAAAUAUACAAUAUUUUGAUGCUAUUGUACAGGUAUCAUCACGUCUUUUACGUGCAUCACGUUUAUUAGAUGUUCCGGUUAUUGCUACUGAACAAUAUCCAAAAGGAUUAGGUUCAACAGUUAAAGAACUUGGAUUAAAUGAAUAUCCGGAUAUAAAACCUGUUGCUAAAACACAAUUUUCAAUGUUAACCACUGAUGUAAUCGAACGAUUAAAGCAACAACAUCCUGAAGUCAAAAAUAUUAUUCUUUGUGGUAUUGAAACACAUGUUUGUGUACAAGGUACAGCAUUGGAAGCAAUGCAAGCCGGUUAUGAUGUUCAUAUUGUUGUUGAUGCAUGUAGUUCAAGAUCAAUGGUAGAUCGAAUGUUUGCAUUUGAACGUAUGAAACAGGCUGGUGCUUGGCUUACAACAUCCGAAUCGGUUAUUCUUGGAUUAGUAGCUGAUGCAUCGAAUCCAAAAUUUCGUGAUGUACAAAAAUUAAUUUUGCAAACAGCACCGGAUUCAGGUCUUUUAUCAUUAUUGGCAAAUAAAAUGUAAACAAAUAAAUUCGGUUGUCUUAUUUUUGUAA